CCGCGAAGCCCCGCCCCUUUCACACAAACGCCUCAGAAAAAGGCGCCAAAAUCUCUUAUUUUAAAAAAUUUCUGACCGGUUUCCUGAACAGUUUGACUUGUUAGCGCACUCCCUCAUACCUAUACAGUACCUCUUUUACAUUCUUUUCCCGACUCCUCAUAUUCGCCUCACUUAAAACACGCCUUAAAAAAUAACAAAAACACCUCAAGUCCGGAAUCGGCAGCCCCCUCAGCGCCGACACGUGUAGGGAAAAUAAACACGCGACUGGAGACUCACACGAGACGCGCUCGCCCUCGAGGGGAGGCGGGUGUUUCCCUUCCGGACUCAACCCUGAUAGGAAUCUAGGGCUUUGGGGAAGGGGCGGGCUUUUUCCCUUCACGGGUUAAGGAAAGGUUGGAUGGCCUUUAGGGGUCCCUUCCAAAUCAGCGACUCAAUACUAAUAAUGAGGAGAAAUAAAUGCUGACAUUAACCUGCAACGUGGGGUCCACGUUUAAUCAUGAGCUCCCCAAACCCUCCUCCUUCCACUCCUUUCUCUUGAGCCAACAACAAUAAUAAUAAUAAUAAUAAUAAUAAUAAUAAUAAUAAUAAUAAUAAUAAUAUUUCCUUCUCCUCAGGGGCCUUAAUAAGCCUCCCAAGCUCCCGCAGCUCCUCCUCCUCACGCCACUUCUGUGGUAAUUGAGCGCAGCCGUCUCCAUUUCCUCUCUUAAAGCAGCCUCACUCCGAAUCAAGGCUCUUCCCUCCGUGUGCACGCGCCUUGCUGCCCUUUGCUUCGGACCCGGGCCUCUCUCUCUCUCUCAGUUCGUGUUCGAAUUCACUGGGAAGGAAUGUCCCAAGCUUCAGCUACAAUCUUAGACACUUCACCUGCAAGUUAAUCUCUCCGGACUUACUUUUGAGUAGGUGCAUAUAGGCUUGUUCAGUGCUUCAACUUCCAGCUCAUCAAGUUAAAGAACACAGUCUUGGCAAAAUGUUCUACACGCAGCUGCUUAUGAAUAACCGUGGGCCUUUGGCCAAGAUAUGGUUGGCUGCUCACUGGGAUAAGAAACUCAAAAAAUCUCAUAUAUUUGAAUGCAAUUUAGAGAAGACUAUUGAAAAUAUUCUCUGCCCAAAGUUUAAACUUGCCCUGCGAACCUCAGGACACCUCUUGUUAGGAGUGGUGCGGAUCUACCACAGGAAAACCAAGUACCUCUUGUCCGACUGCAAUGAAGCUCUACUUAAAAUGCAGUCAGCCUUUCGUCCAGGACUUGUUGAUCUCCCAGAAGGGAACUCAGAAUUGAAUUAUGAUGCCAUCACAUUGCCUGAAGUAUUUCAUGAUUUUGACACACAACUCCCUGAGGUGAAGGCCAUUGAUGUUGCUGAACAUUUUACACUGAACCAGAGCAGAGCUGAGGACAUCACUUUGCUGGAAGAGGAUUAUAGACGGGAUCUACUUCUCCAUGGUGGUAGUUUUGGUGAAGAAAUUGAAAUGCCGAGGCAGCAAAGCUUUCUCAAUGACAGCAUAUUGGCUAGUUCUGGUGGCCUCUUGACUGAUCACAGUUUUUUGAGCUUCACUGAAGACAAAACUGCAUUUGCUGAAGAUGCCAAUUCAUUCAAGUAUGAUGGGUUUGGAGAUGAAGGAACUGCAGGUGAUAUGAUUGAUGCUGUUCUUGGAGAUGAGCCGAAUGACCACGUUCUUACGGACCUCAACAUGGAGGAAGAAUUUUCUUUACUCCAAGAGCUUCCAACUGAUAAUACAGCAGGCCAUCCUAGACCUGAGCAGGAAGCAAGAAGUUGCCCAGUUAAUGAAACCACCUUGUUGCUCAGUGAGGAAGAAGAAUUUGUACUUGAACCACUUGACAAUUCAGUUCUCACAAGGAAACAAAGAAGGAAAAAGAAAAGAAAAUUACUUGUUGAUUAUGUGAAUCAGCUAAGCAGAAAAGCUAUGCAAAACCAGCUUAUGAACUAUGAAGACACAUUAACUGCAUUAGAUAUUGCACCCCCUACAAGAAGGCUGAUGAUUUUACAGGACUUGGGGAGUGCGGAUAAACUUCUGGGCAGACCUACCCAGACUACAAUUAGUGAAGAUUUGCAAAAGCUCUUUGCUAAAAGUCUCAGGUAUGGAAGAAAAAGGUUGCAAGAGCUUGCAGUUGAAAGAAGCAAGGAACAAGAUGUCCAAGAAUUGCCAACAGCAGAGAUUCCAAAAGCUAUGCAAGACACAACUUACCAGUUUGUGUCACAAAGUAGCAGAGAAGAAAUGGGAAAUAAAGAAAUUGUUGAACCUAUGGAAAGUGUUGGUGGAGUGUCUGCUGCGUCUGAUGGCUCUACCCAAGAGACUUCUGUAAGACUAGAGGUUGAGGGUAAGCAGGUUGUAGUGGAAAAGGGAAAUGAAGACAAUACUCCAGAUAAUGAAGAAGAAAAAGAAAAGGAUAAAAGAGCUGUAGAUUUGCUAAAUACUUUCCGGGACAUGUACCAGACAGGAGCAAAGUCUUUCAGUUUUCUGACCCUCUGUAAAAACAAGACAAAGAAAGAAGUUGCAGAGAAAUUCUUUAGCUUGCUUGUUCUAAAGAAAGAACGAGCUAUUGAGGUGGCCCAGGCUGCCCCCUAUGCUGACAUUGUGGUGACGGUGGGUCCAAACUUCCAUACUCUCUGAAGAGUAGAGUGGUCUCCUUUUAACCAUUAGUUGCUAUGGUUGAAAACUGUACUCUGCAUUCUAUGAAAGUUGUAAAGAGACACCUUACAGCAUACCUAGAUCUUUGGAUUAGACAGUGUCCUCCACUGCAUAGAUGUGCACAUGCACUUAAGAGCAAGAGCUAAUAGACUAUGUGCAGAAAUAUUAUAUUGUUAAAAAGAAAAAAAAAACACAAUGACUUUGUUUAAUUAGCACAUCCAGAGUUCAAGCUGUAUGUUAGGAGGAACACUGCUGCUGUUGUUGGUUUUUAAAAAUGUUAAAGUAUAAUUUACAUAGGUUACCUGUUUUUCUGUUUUCCAUAUGAAGUAAAAACAGGGUUAGCUAUGUUUGAGUCUGUAUGCAAAACUGGCUGAUUGUUAGCUAUCAAAAUGUGGAUAUUGGCACGUAGCAAUAAUGGGAAUUCUGUACAGCUGUGGUCUUCUUGACCGACAUUUGUAGUAUUUAACAUUUUUAGUUACUGCACACUGUAUGGAGCAUUAUAUUACUUUCAUUAAGGCAAAUGUGAUGCUUGUUCUGUAUGUUGCCCUAUUUCAGGAACUGGAUGCAUUUCUGCUGUGCAUCUAAGUCCCCACAGACACCACACACUGGGUACUUGAGUUUGCACUUUGCAGACACUUGACGUAUAGUGGCUAUGGUGGCUUUGGAUUGGUGACACAGGAGUGUUCCAAAAGGAGUGCUACCUGCCUCCUCAUCCUACUCCUUGCUUUGCAGUAUUGAAGCUUGAGGACAGUACCAUCCAGGGACACCCUUAGGCUGUAGAAAGGACCCCCCACCCCCC